CAUCUGCAGGCCCAGUACUACGGAAACAUCACACUGGGCACGCCGCCUCAAGUUUUCUCAGUCACCUUCGACACGGGCUCAUCCAGAUUUUGGGUUCCCUCGAGCAGCUGCCCAGAGAGCAGCGAUGCCUGCCGCGAGCGCAACAGGUACUACAGCAACAAGUCGACGACUUACGUCAAGGACGGCACUCCAUUCGAGAUCGAGUACGGAACCGGCUAUGUCAAGGGCGAGCUAAGCACCGAUACCUUUGGCAUCGGCGGCGUGCGUUUCGAGGGCCAAACGUUCGGUGAAAUCACGCAGGGGCAGGGCGCCUCCUUCGACGGCAGCAUGUUCGACGGCGUCCUGGGCCUUUGCUGUCCGCACGGCAGGCCGCAUGACGUGCGGCCUGUAUUCGACCACAUGAUGGCGCUGGGCAUGGAGCCCGUAUUCUCUUUCUACCUGAACCGCGACGCCAGUGGCACUAACGGUGGUGAUGUGGUCUUCGGAGGCAUCGAUCAAGACCACUACACAGGAGACAUCACCUACGCGCCAGUUACCAAUAAGGGUUACUGGCAGUUCCACAUGGACGGAGUGAUACUGCCCAACAAUGUGACUUUCUGCCAAGGUGGCUGCGAAGCCAUGGCUGACACCGGCACUGCCUUGAUCGCUGGGCCAUCGGUCGAAAUCCGCAAGCUGCACAAGAUCUUUGGGGCCAAGCAAGACUCGUCUGGACGGUACGCCGUAAGCUGCGACUCCAUCCCCAGUUUGCCGAAGAUUUCUUUCCGCAUUCAGAAGCGAGAUUUCGUGCUGAACGCUGAGGAUUACAUGCUGAAGCUACCACAGGACAACAAAACCCUGUGCCUGAGUGGAUUCCAAGCCAUGGACUUCCCGCCACCGAUGGGUCCCAUGUGGAUCCUCGGAGACUCGUUCAUCGGUCGCUUCUACACCAUUUUCGACAGGGGCAACGACCGUAUAGGCUUCGCUGAGGCUCGCUGAACGCGCACCUUGGCUACUGAUUUUGAGUACACUCGGCAUUCAUCAUAUUACUGUUUCCAAAAAGAUGUGCGUACAAAUUGUAACACCAUAGCUCUUGCUGACAAACCAUGAGUACUUAGCAUGUUUCAAGUUAACCAAGCACCAGCAACUGCUAUUACUUUGAAGAACAAUAUAAAGCAACGAUUGCGCCACCUGAAGCAGUAUUCUCACUUGUUGCCUAAUCAAGGAAGGACAAACAAAGAGCGAAGAAU